UAGGUUGAAGAAACUGUUAGUAAUCAUUUGUUAUCAUUUCUGUAUAAUCAGCAAUGAGUGUAAAUAUGUAUAUACAUUAUUUUGUUUUCCUUUACCUUCAUACUUUAGAUUAUAUUAGUUUACACGUAUCCUGAGCACGUGUUUAAAUAGUUGUCUACCUGAGUAAAACCAGAACUUCUUCUUACUCUCACAGUCUUUUCUUUGUUCUCACUCCAAGACCCCUGCCCCCCAUUGACUAUAAAUAAAGGUGCCAAGGGGAACCACCCUUUGUAACACAUUCCUUUGUAGCCUAGCAUGCAGAGAGUGUGGUUACCCUUGUGCAAGUAAAACUCUAAGUGUGUUGUCUCGUAAUUAAUGGUGUGUACAGAGUUGGAGUGGAAAGCCUGUCGCUUUCUCCAACAUAUACUGUACUGUAGUUUGGUCCUGUGUGCAGGGUUGGAGUGGAAAGCCUGACGCUUUCUCCAACAUAUAAUUUGGUCCUUCGAGCCGGAUCCGAGGACACCUGACGACAUCGCCAGCGCACCGAGAGGAGCGACACCGAAGUCUGUCGACAGCCACUCGGAGACGGGUGCAAGAAAGACCUGUAACGUGAAUUCGUCAUCAGGCCGGUGGUUAGAACUGCGCUCGACGUCUGGUGAUGUCUGACGGACCUCGGUGGCGGAACACAGGCACACAGGACAGGAUAAUCUGCAGCCAGGAGAUUGGAUCCUGGUCAAGGUCCUGUUGCGAAAGGAUUGGAGCACGCCUCGGUGGGACGGACCUUAUCAAGUCCUCCUCACAACACCAACAGCGGUGAAAAUAGCAGAGCGACCUUCCUGGAUACAUAAGAGUCACUGUAAGCCCAUCAAGCCCGUGUCAGAGACCUCUGUACCUUCGGAGUAGCAGUGGAAGUCCGCUACAAAGGCGCAGCAAUCAAUAGGAUACUGACGUCUCAACCCGGUGAAGAAAACAGCUGAUCUGCACUCCAUUUAGAAUGGCUCUGAUUGGGUGGGGAUGUGGUAAGGUAACUCUCGGUGUAAUUCUCUUUAUGGGAAUUGUUGGUCUGCUCUUGCACUCACCAGAGCAGGUGUUUCAUCCACCUAGAUGGACACAUGACGGCUCCCACCUGAGACCUAUCUCCACAAAUGAGACCCAUCCUUUCCUACAAAAUUACUGGUACCGUUAUGUUUAUGAUUCAGCAAAGAAAGACAAUUUAACUAAUUGUUAUGUCUGUACCCACAUGCCAUCUCAUGCCGACGGAUUAACUAUAUAUGGGAAACCUAUGAAUAAGUCACAAGCAAAGUGUGCUGCCUCUUUUGCAGGUGUAGGCUAUCAGCAUGAUAAUAUAAAAAUAAAUGACACAGAUCCAUAUACUGCUGGUUUGGAUAAUGGCGUAUGUGCACAGCAGUUUUGGAUCGAUUUUGCUAUAAAAGUGUCAAAUAUAUCCUUACCUUUAUCUGUCCACCUGAACAUGGACCCUAAAACAUUUAAUCACUCAAUGUGUUAUGACCAAAUGAACGGCACCCACCAUAUGGGGAACACCACCAACUGUGCCCAAAUACUAGUACACGGAGAAGGUGCCCCGGUAAACAUAAGUGGAUUUAGUAAUGGCACCUACUGGGUGCAAGGAGUAGCUUGGUUAUGUGGACCCCGCGCAUAUUUCGUUUUGCCCUAUAACUGGUAUGGUGUGUGCGCUCCAAUCUUUGUGUCAGACCAUACUUUCCUGGUGUCACUGUCGUCUACACCAGCGAACCGCAGGCGCCGGUCCAUCAUAACUACAGCUUCUCUCCGUCCUCAUGACAGUGUCUGGGGUUCAGAUGUUCCCCAGGAGUUCAAACAUUGGUCUACAGACCAGAAAGUAUUAAUGUCUCUUUUUCCCUGGGUAGGAACAGCAAAGAAUACGUUACGAUUAGAAACUAUUGAUUAUCGUUUGGGGCUGUUCAUAAAUAACUCCAUCAUAAUAAAUGAGCAACAGAAUGGAGAGAUAGAUGCUAUUAAACAGAUGGUCAUUCAGAAUAGAAUGGUUUUAGACAUACUUACUGCUGCACAAGGUGGUGUAUGCGUGCUUUUAAAUAAUACCUGCUGUACAUAUAUUCCCGAUAAUGUGCACUCACCCAACAUGACUACAGCCUUGGACCGUCUGCGAGAACUUCAAAAGAUCAUGACCUUAGACCUUCAUGCUGGCCCCUCAUGGUUGAAUUGGUUUCUUACUGGGUCCUGGUGGCAGUUACUGCUAAAGUUCUCACUCCCCAUUCUUGUUACAUUAUUAUUUGUAUGUUGUUGUUUCAUUUGUAUUAUACCCUGCCUCCGUUCCAUGAUACAACACACUUUUAGUUCUGUUUUUCUGCUAUACACUGCAGAAGAACGAAUGGAUUUACUAACCUUGUCUAGCCCUCUUAAUAAUGAUGAUGAUGUGAUCUGAAUGACGGUUGUGCUGAAAGUGCUUUUGCAAUUUGUACAAUACUGAUGUUUCUGAUCAUACUGUCAUGAUAAACAGGAGGGACUGUUAGGUUGAAGAAACUGUUAGUAAUCAUUUGUUAUCGUUUCUGUAUAAUCAGCAAUGAGUGUAAAUAUGUAUAUACAUUAUUUUGUUUUCCUUUACCUUCAUACUUUAGAUUAUAUUAGUUUACACGUAUCCUGAGCACGUGUUUAAAUAGUUGUCUACCUGAGUAAAACCAGAACUUCUUCUUACUCUCACAGUCCUUUCUUUGUUCUCACUCCAAGACCCCUGCCCCCCAUUGACUAUAAAUAAAGGUGCCAAGGGGAACCACCCUUUGUAACACAUUCCUUUGUAGCCUAGCAUGCAGAGAGUGUGGUUACCCUUGUGCAAGUAAAACUCUAAGUGUGUUGUCUCGUAAUUAAUGGUGUGUACAGAGUUGGAGUGGAAAGCCUGUCGCUU